AUCUCCGCUCUCAACAUGCCCAACUCCUUCCAGCAGAAGCACGCCCAGCACAUGCUGCUGCUCUGCCCAGGGAUGACCAGAGGCCGAGAGGAAGGCCCUCCCGCAGCAUGGAGCCACCACAAGCAGAACUACUCUGAUCUUGACAAAAUGGCUUGCGCAGCUGACAGCUGCAUCCAAUUCACACGGCACGCGAGUGAUGUUCUGCUCAACCUUAACCGGCUGCGCAGCAGGGACAUCCUCACAGAUGUCACCAUUCUGGUCAACAGACAACAGUUUCGCGCUCACAAGACCGUCCUCAUGGCCUGCAGUGGGCUCUUUUAUACCAUCUUCACGGAUUCACUCAAAUGCAACCUGAACGCCAUCAGCCUGGACCCUAAAGUGGAUCCAGAGGGCUUCGCCAUCCUCCUGGAAUUUAUGUACACGUCCCGGCUGACGCUGAAGGAGAGCCUCAUCAUGACUGUCAUGAACACAGCCAUCUACCUGCAGAUGGACCAUGUCGUCGACACCUGCCACAGAUUCAUUAAGUCCAGUGACUCCUCUCUCAAACUGCCAAGAGAGGACUUCCUGGUCAGUCCCUUGCUGUUACCUCAGGAUGUCCACAGCUACAGGCCGCAUGACAUGGCGGAGAACCUCCCCAGCAGAGUGACCCCCUUCAGGGACGGGAGGCCAUACGGCUCUGGGAUGUUCAACGCGGUCAACACUCCGGUCAGCAGCUCCUACCACCUGUACAGCCAGUUCCCCGUGCAGGGCUUCCCCUUUCCCCUCUGCAAACUGGCCGACACCAAAAACACAUUUGCGGACUUCUCCAAGCCGGGAGUGAUCCACCACAAGCACUGUCCACCGCCACCGGCAGAGAACCCGAGCGCGGCGGUUCUGGCCGAGUACUCGCGGGUGGCCACUGGGGGCAGCGUGGCUGGCAUGUGCCACCCAGGUGCUUACUCCUCUCGGGAGCUGGUGCGCGAUGAGGAGAUGAAGAGAGAGAGCCUGGAGGGGGUGGUGCAGUCCAUCGGCAUGAGCUCCAGGAAGCACGGCUACCCCAGCCUGGCGGCCGAGCAGCAGGCGCAGCAGCAGGCACAGCAGGGGCAUCACGGACAGGGGCAGAAGGAGGCAGGCAAGGAGCAGGGGCCAGCAGCUGAGGAGGACAUGGGCCACCAGCACUACCCUAUCGGCAUGUCCGCCAGCGGCCGCAAGGCACUGGUAAGCAGCCCGCAGAGCCCGCUCAAGUCCGACUGCCAGCCCAACUCGCCCACGGAGUCCAGCAGCAGCAAGAACGCAGCCCUGUCGCAGGCCAUCCGGCCACUGGCCACCCAGGGCUCACAGGACCCCAAGGCCCGCAACUGGAAGAAGUACAAGUUCAUCGUGCUGAACCAGAGCACCAAGGAGGAGGAGGUCAGUCCCCGCGACGCGGACAUGCGCUCACCCCAGCGCCUUGGAAUGCCGCCCUUCUUGCACCCCGCGGACUCCGAGCACCCAGACUCGGUGCAGUCCGGCACCAAGAUCACCGAGCACGCGGAGGACUUCCACGUGCCCCAGGCUAGCCGUCUCAACAACAUCAUUAACAGGACCCUGGAGGGAUCUCAGCGGAGCAGUGACAGCCACUCGUCUCUGUACAUGGGCCACUUAAAGUGCACGUCCUGCGGUUCCCAGUCUCCGCGCCACUCUGAGAUCUGCCCAAACACUGCCUCGCGCCUGGCCGAGGAGAUGGCCGAGAUGCACUCCGAGUACUCCGACUCCAGCUCUGUAGAAAACGGUACAUACUUUUGCAACGAAUGUGACUCAAAGUUCACAGAGGAGGAGGCACUGAAACGCCACAUGCUUCAGGUCCACAGUGACAAGCCAUACAAAUGUGACCGCUGCCAGGCUGCUUUCCGCUACAAAGGAAACCUCGCCAGCCACAAGACGGUUCACACAGGAGAGAAGCCGUAUCGCUGCAACAUUUGCGGUGCUCAGUUCAACAGACCAGCCAACCUCAAGACUCACACGCGCAUCCACUCAGGGGAAAAGCCAUACAAGUGUGAAACCUGUGGGGCGCGUUUUGUGCAGGUGGCACACCUGCGGGCCCACGUGCUGAUCCACACGGGAGAGAAGCCAUACCCCUGUGAAAUCUGUGGAACGCGCUUCCGUCACCUGCAGACCCUGAAGAGCCACCUACGCAUACACACAGGGGAAAAGCCCUACCAUUGUGAGAAAUGCAAUUUGCAUUUCCGUCACAAAAGCCAGCUGCGCUUGCACCUCCGACAGAAGCACGGAGCGAUCACCAACACCAAGAUCCAGUACCGCAUGUCUACGGCGGACAUGCCCACGGACCUGACCAAGACAUGCUGAGGACGUACGUGUGUGCACACGUGCCACUUGACCAUGGCAUUCAAAAAGACCCUGACUUUGUACAAUCAUCCAAAAUUGUAGUGCCACACUGUGUUAAUGUGACGAGGGGGAAAAAAUGUACGGGCAGUCGGUGCCAUCCUAAACGGGUUUCGUCCACAUGUGAACAUAGAACCACAAACGGUUUCUUGUAGUCACUUUAUUGUUUAUAUUUACAUAUAGAUGUAAAGAAAUGUUGGGAGUGUUUAUAAGCUUUGAGUUACAUAAAGCUUUAUUUUGUUGAAAAAGAGGACGGAAUGUAAAACAAUGAAAUCCAGUUUUUGAGAAUAUAGUAUUUUAUAUCAAAGAGCUUACUUUUCUGAAAGUAUAUGGGGGAAUUUUGAUCGAAGGGCGGUAUAUUUUGGGAAUAUCUGGGUGUGUAAAGAAUUGUGUAAACUAUAGAAAAAAAAGGUUUUAUAUGCCAACGCCUGAGUACACCAUGUAGAAUGACCUUCCUCAUGGGGAAAAAAAAUAGAAAACCCAACUGUGUCGAAAAUGUUUGAUAUCCAAAUUGUCUCCUGUUAUAUACUCAAGAAAUGAUCGCUGCUCUACUAAGAGGACAAAUGCAUGGGGUUGGCAACUACUGGCGGCGUUGGGUCACAUAUAUAUAAAAUGAGUGACAUAAUGUGUAAUUAUAUCCCUUGGAUUGCUCUCUGCUGGCAGAAUCAAUCUGAAAACAUUAAGGGCCCUAUCUUGGCGAUCAGAAACGGGUGGUCAAUGUUAUAGACAUUAAAGGUGUGGCCAGUCCAUGUUCA